AUGUUACGUCUAGUCUAUGAGACAAGGCUGAGGAGCCAGGUGAUUGAAGUGUGGCCUGCAGUGACAUCCAUCCCCUUCUCCCUAUUGGUCUUCUAUACCAUGAGCUCUGGCUCCGCCCAGGAUGUGGCGGUGGAGCAUUUCUUGCGUGACAUAGAGAGGCGGGGCAAGCGGCUACAUUGUGCUGUGAUCGGUUGCGAGGAGCAACGUCCCCGUGGCGACAUGAACCUGCUGUAUCGUAAGAGCCGGCUGGACUGGAGGCACAAGGACCAGGAAGGCAAUAAGAAGAGCUCCAGCCAGAAGGACCCCUCCUCAGCCACGGUGGGCAAGGUCCGUGACUUGGCAUCCUUCCGGCGCCACUUCCGCAUGGGUUUCAUGACCAUGCCUGCCUCCCAGGACCUGUCCCCUCACUCCUGUGCCUCCGCCAUGGCUCCCCGCUCCCAGUCCUGCCACGCCGUGGGCGCUGGAGACACAGGUCUGGAGAAUGGGGAAGAUUACUCUGACACCCAGUCACAGCACGGCGGGCGCUGCCCCCCUGCUAAACCCAAACGCCAUCCCAGCACCCGUCUCAGCUCCUCCUCGGACCCCAGAGCACCUCACGCCCCACCGGACGCCCCUCCGCCACCCCCGCCCACUCACCCGCAGGCCAAACACUCAGAGAAGAAGAACGCCAUGAAGAAGUCUGACUCAGGGGACAUGUCCAAAAAGGUGCCGCCUUUGAAGCCCAAACGAAGCCCCAGUACUCAGCUCUCGUUUGAGCCCCCAACUCCCUGUGUGCCCCCUCUUGCCACGCCCAUCCAGGGGGGUGAGGGUCAGCCUCAGGGGGACGAUGAGCCUGUCUACAUAGAGAUGGUGGGCCAAGUGUUCACCAGGGAGAGCCAGACUGCCACCCCUCACCCUGUCACGCCUGUAGCCACCACGCCUGAUUCAGACUCAGACCAGAGCGAGGCCAUCUAUGAGGAGAUGAAGUACCCACUGCCAGAGGACAGAGAGGGACACAAACGCCUCCCUCUCAAACACGAGAGACUCAAAUCCUCCAAACACCACCACUCCUCCUCUGGCACGUCCGCCCAUCUACCUCGCCCCUCGUCCUCCCCCUCCUGCUCCAAACCUAAAGCCACAGUGUCCAUCUCCCACUCCUCGCCCCUCCCCUCCUCCACCUCCUCCACCCCUGUCCCCCAGCCCCUCUCCUCCAGCCCGCACCCCCCACGAGCCCCUACGCCCUACCUUCUCCAGGGGAACAAAUCAGAGACAGAGUCCACCAGUAAGAUCCCGGCCCCCUUCCCCAACCUGCUGCAGCACCGACCCCCGCUGCUCGCCUUCCCCCAGCCUGCUGCUGCCUCCAGUGGGGUCGGGGUCCAACACAAGGCUGCUUCUGCCAAACUGGGGACCAUCAGCUCUAAGGAGUCUAAGGACAGAGACAGAGACAGCCAGCUCGGCCCUGCACCAGGGCUAAGGGCCAGGAGCCACUCCACACCCCUGCCCCCUUCCUCUAAGUCCACCUCCCCCUAUUCCCACCACCACCACCAUCCCCACCCUCACCACCGCCCCUCACACUACCACCACUACCGCAAACCAGAAAGAGGAGACUCGCCCAACCCCAACACCAACAACAAGAAUGGCUCGGAGACCUUCUCCAAGUCCAUUGCCCAGACCCAGACCCAGGGCUCGGGCAAGGAGGGCAAGUCUACCAGUGCCAGUUCAGCCACAACCUCGUCCUCCUCCUCUUCCUCCCACUCUCGCCCUCACUCUCGCUCCCAACUCCACCGCUACCACACCCCCCACGGCCUACCCGCCUACAAGCCCCCCUCCUCAGACAGCCCCCUGCUCUGGACCUACCCCUCGGUGGGCUUCCGGAGACCCCCGGCGUACGACAGCCUGCGAGGAGGGUCUCAUCUGCCCUCCUUACACCUCCAGGGUCACGAUGAUGUGGCCUCCAAAAGCAGCACGGUGCCUGGGCCCGUCCAGGGGAAGGCUGGGUUCAUGCCCUGGGACAACAGUGGCUUUGGAGAUGACGGAUCUUACUUGCCCAUGCAGAGGAAACUGUCCUUCAGCCAAGGCAGCAGAGAGACAGAGAGAGAGAAGGAUGAAGGGCGGGCGUGGAAUGGCAGUGCCGAUGCCCUCCUGAGGAUAGACAAGGAGGACCUGGGCCCUGGACGUCGAGGAGGAGGAGGCCACUCUGGGAUCCCAGUACGCUUCACUGGAGGGAGGGGGCUGGGCCACAGUGAGUCCCUGGCCGGGAUGGAGGGGGGGUCCUUGGGGUUCCGAGCCCUGCCUAGAGGGGGUCUCCCCCUCCCCUGCCAAACCUUUCCAGCCUGCCGCAAUGGAGAACUGGGUCGAUUGAGCCGCUCAUCAUCCACCUCUGGGGUGAGACAGGUGGGUGGAAGCGACGUUCAGCGGCAGAGCAGCCUGCCCCAUCGAGAGUUGCAUGGGCUGUCCCAAUCCUCCCAAACGCCCUGCAGUCCUAUCCUGUCCAGACAGCAGCAGCAGCUCCAGCUCCACCAGCAGCAGCUGCAGUUACAGCAACAGCUCCAGCAGCUGCAGCAGCAGCACCACCUCCAGCUGCAGUUCCAACACCUGGCCCAGCUGGCCCAGGGACAGCCUCCCACCACCGGGGGCGCUGCCACGUCCGCAGCCCAAACCCAGAGGGAUGGCAAGCUGCUGGAGGUCAUUGAGAGGAAGCGCUGCCUAUGCAAAGAGAUCAAGGCCCACCGCCGCCCAGAAAAUAACCUAUGUAAGCAGGACAGCAUGCCCAUCCUGCCCAGCUGGAGACGGACCCCUGAGCCCCGGAAGACGGGCACGCCCCCCUGUCAGAGGCCCCAGGCCGUGGUGUGGGACACAGCCAUCUGA